CGACGGGCAAACAGAUACCUCCGGUAGGCGACCUGCCGAUGAACCUUGCACCGCUAGCAUGGAACGCCGCCGGGACAGAGGAGGCGCAGAAGCAGAUAUUCCGGUGCCUCAACAACAUCCUCAAGGCGUUAGGGCAGGACAUCGUCGACGUCCUUCUGUGCAACACUGUCAAGGAGCUCGAGGAGGGCAUCCUGUCCCAGCACCCCAGCAUCGUCCCCAUCGGGCCACUGCCGACGGGUCUCCGUGAGGGAAAGCCCAUCGGGAAUUUCUGGCCAGACGACGACAGCUGCCUGUCGUGGCUGGACGCACAACCCGACAGAUCAGUUGUCUAUGUCGCAUUCGGUAGCAUCGCCGUGCUGAACCAGGAACAGUUCCAUGAACUCGCUCGUGGGCUGGAGCUGUCGCGCAGACCAUUUCUUUGGGUGGUCCGUCCUGGCCUGGCCAAUACCGCCAAUUACCCUGACGGAUUCCUCGAGACCGUCGAGAAAAGGGGCAAGAUUGUGACGUGGUCGCCUCAGCACAGGGUUCUCGCCCACCCGGCGGUCGCCUGCUUCGUGUCGCACUGUGGGUGGAACUCGCUGAUGGAGGGAGUGAGAAACGGGCUCCCGUUCCUGACCUGGCCGUACUUUGCCGACCAGUUUAUCAACGAGAGCUACGUCUGCGACGUCUGGAAGACCGGUCUGCGUCUCGUCGUCAAGGACGCCGGCGGCGUGCUGACGAGCGAGCACAUCGCUGCACGCAUAGAGGACCUGCUGAACGACCCCGCGGCCAUGUCUAGGGCGCGGGAGUUGCAGCAGGUUGCGUCCAGGAGCAUCAGCAAAGAUGGUACGUCGUUCAACAAUCUAAGGGACGUUAUUGACGCCAUGAAAGGCUGAUGAGACUACUAGAUGCACUCAUCAUCAUCAUCAUCAUCCAGUAGCAAUACAAUGCAGCAUGAAAACGCUGAAAAUUAGAGCAAAGAAGGGCUGCGAUCAGUUUUAUAUAUUCAACG